UUUGAAUGCGUCUCUGUGGCGGACUCAUCUUCUCUCGGCCCCCUGCAGGACACAGAAGAGUCUGAGAGGAAACUUGUUCAGAGCAGGAGCGCAUGUGUGACCCCCGCUACAGUCAGGCAACGAUGGCCACUAAACUGCCUCAGCUUCUCCUUUGCUUUUGGAUAACUUUGCCAUUCUGUGUCACGGAAAAAGUCAAAGAAAGGAGCGGCCGCCACAGAGAUGCGGAGUUCACUGACAAGUACCAGACGUGCAUGCAGGGAGUACCUGGAGUGCAGGGCAGGGAUGGGAACCCGGGGAUAAACGGCAUUCCAGGAACCCCAGGAAUCCCUGGGAGAGACGGACUGAAGGGCGAGAAGGGAGAGUGUGAGUCUGAGAGGUUUGAGGAUCCCUGGAAACCCAACUUCAAACAGUGCGCCUGGAAUUCUCUGAACUACGGCAUUGAUCUGGGCAAAAUUGCUGAGUGCACGUUCACCAAGCAGCGAUCGGACAGCGCUCUGCGUGUGCUCUUCAGCGGUUCUCUCAGACUCAAGUGUAAGACGGCCUGCUGUCAGCGCUGGUACUUCACCUUUAAUGGGGCAGAAUGCACUGGACCGCUGCCCAUAGAGUCUAUCAUUUACCUGGACCAGGGCAGCCCCGAACUCAACUCCACCAUUAACAUACACAGGACCUCCACAGUGGAGGGGCUCUGUGAUGGGAUCCAGGCCGGGCUGGUGGAUGUUGGGAUCUGGGUGGGCACAUGUGCUGAUUAUCCUCGUGGAGACGCAUCGACAGGAUGGAACUCUGUAUCCCGAGUGAUCAUCGAAGAGCUUCCAAAAUGAGCUCUUCAUCUUCAGAACUGUCAUCAUCACCGCGGCAGAAGAAGACAUCGUGUUCCUGUCACAGAAAGGACCUUCUUCACAGAAAUGGGACAAAUUAAAGCUAAUAGAGUUGCUUUGAGUCUGUGCAGCUCUUAAGUCAUGCCAUUAUUAUUCUCAUUGUGAAAGUUGAGGAAUUCAGAAUUCUCGGUUUAGAUAGUACAGACAAAAUAGAAGCACCUUGUUUGUGCUAUGUUUUUUUUGGACACUACCAUAAUGGAAAUUAGCAGAAAAAUACCUUGUACAUUGUAACUAUCAUGUCAAACAUGGUGAUAAUAUAUGAGGUCAUCAACUGUACAAUGCUACCACCAUUUUAAGGAGAGUCCAACAAAGAUGAUCCUUCCUUUGCUGAUAUUUAUUUAGUGGCUCUUCCCUCCUUCCUGUGCCUUGAUGACUAGAACUCAUAUUUUUGUUUUUAUUACCUAUAAGUAUGAAGAAAAGUCAGGGCAUGUUUCAUCUCAAAAAUAAAAACUUAA